AUGAAACACUGCGAAGAUGAAGGACAGCGAGGGGUGAUACCUAAGCAGAAGCGCAGACUGCGCCGUGCGGGGAAAGAGCCCAGCACGUGUAUAAUUGGAGCCGGGACAGACGAGGAAGGAAAUGAGACAGCUAAAAUCGGAAGCCCUGAGAGCGAAGGAAAAUAUGGCUACCCCAAAGAAGAAAUGAUCUACAGGUGGAGGAAGAACUCCGUUGAGACGGCUAACCAGAAGUCCUGGCGGCUUUAUCAGUUUGACUUCAUGGGCCUCAGGAACACCACGGAAGUCCUGACCACAUCUGCAGGGGACUACGUCAUCAUGACCAUCUACUUCGAGCUGAGCCGGCGGAUGGGGUACUUCACCAUUCAGACGUACAUCCCCUGCAUCCUGACGGUGGUCCUGUCCUGGGUGUCAUUCUGGAUCAAGAAAGACGCCACACCAGCGAGAACAGCACUAGGCAUCACCACGGUGCUGACCAUGACCACGCUCAGCACCAUCGCCAGGAACUCGCUGCCCCGCGUGUCCUACGUGACCGCCAUGGACCUCUUCGUGACCGUGUGCUUCUUGUUCGUCUUCGCUGCUCUGAUGGAGUAUGCCACCCUCAACUACUACUCCAGCUGUAGGAAACCAGCCAUCGUGAAGAAGAAAACAUCAUUAUUGCGUCCAGACUCCUCAAGGUGGAUCCACGAGCGGAUAACCCUGCAGGCCCCCUCCGUAUACAUCGCGGAGCUGGACGCCUACUCCCGCGUCUUCUUCCCCACGUCCUUCCUGCUCUUCAACUUGGUCUACUGGGUCGGGCCUGACAGCCGGGAGGACCCUGGAGGAAAGAUGCCUUCCGAGUCCUUCUGUCUGGCCGCCCAGGCUCGGCUGGACUCCAAAUGGCUGAAGACAGACAUCCAGAGACCGGAGUUCAAUGAUGGUGUUGAUACUCAAAGUGGGACAAAGAAAGAAGAUCUGAACGACAAAGACAAAAAGGAUGAAGAAGAGACCCCUGCACCUGUGCUCAGGUCCAAGUCCAUCCUGGAGAGCUGGGUGUGGGGCAAGCAGCCAGACGUGGGUGAGCUGAAGGAGUGUCUCUCAGUGCUGGUGAAGGAGCAGCAGGCCCUGGCCGUGCAGGCGGCCACCAGCACCCUGUCCGCCCUGAGGCUCCGGCAGCGGCUGGUCAUCCUGGAGCGCUACUUCAUCGCCCUGAACAGAGCCGUGGCCCAGGAGAGCGCCAAGGUCAAGUGGAAGAGCAGCAGCAGCUCUCUGCCUUCUGUGGACAAGAAAAGCGCCCGGCCCACAGGCAAAGGGGUGGAAGGCCUGGCAAGAGUCGGGUCCCGAGCUGCUCUGUCCUUCGCCUUCGCCUUCCUGCGCAGGGCCUGGCGGUCAGGGGAGGACGCGGACCUGUGCAGCGAGCUGCUGCAGGAGUCCCUGGACGCCCUGCGAGCCCUGCCCGAGGCCUCGCUCUUCGACGAGAGCACCGUGUCCUCCGUGUGGCUGGAGGUGGUGGAGAGAGCGACCCGCUUCCUCAGGUCCGUCGUGACCGGGGAUGUUCACGGGACGCCUGGCACCAAGGGGCCGGGCAGCAUCCCCCUGCAGGACCAGCACCUGGCCCUGGCCCUCCUGCUGGAGCUGGCCGUGCAGAGAGGCACGCUGAGCCAAAUGCUGUCGGCCAUCCUGUUAUUGCUUCAGUUGUGGGACAGUGGGACUCAGGAGACGGACAACGAGCGGUCCGCGCAGGGCACCAGCGCCCCCCUCCUGCCCCUGCUGCAGCGGUUCCAGAACAUGCUCUGCGGCAAGGACGCCCCUCACACAGAGGGCGACACCCUGCUGCUUUCGGGCCCUCUAAGCCCCAACGAGAGCUUCCUCCGGUACCUUGUCCUCCCGCAAGACAGUGAGCUCGCCAUCGACCUGCGACAGACGGCCGUGGUGGUCAUGGCCCACCUGGACCGCCUGGCUGCGCCCUGCAUGCCGCCACCGUGCAGCUCCCCCACGUCCCACAAGGGGUCUGUGCAGGAAGUCAUCGGCUGGGGGCUGAUCGGAUGGAAGUGCUACGCCAACGUGAUCGGGCCCAUCCAGAGCAAAGGCCUGGCCAACCUGGGCGUCACGCAGAUCGCCUGUGCGGAGAAGCGCUUCCUGAUCCUGUCGCGCAACGGCCGCGUGUACACGCAGGCCUACAACAGCGACACGCUGGCCCCACAGCUGGUCCAGGGUCUUGCCUCCAGAAACAUCGUGAAGAUUGCAGCCCAUUCCGACGGCCACCACUACCUGGCCUUGGCCGCCACUGGCGAGGUGUACUCCUGGGGCUGCGGGGACGGCGGCCGGCUGGGCCACGGGGACACCGUGCCCCUGGAGGAGCCCAAGGUGAUCUCCGCCUUCUCCGGCAAGCAGGCCGGCAAGCACGUGGUGCACAUCGCCUGCGGGAGCACCUACAGCGCAGCCAUCACCGCCGAGGGCGAGCUGUACACCUGGGGCCGCGGCAACUACGGCCGCCUGGGCCACGGCUCCAGUGAGGACGAGGCCAUCCCGAUGCUGGUCGCCGGGCUGAAAGGCCUGAAGGUCAUCGACGUGGCGUGCGGGAGCGGGGACGCCCAGACCCUGGCCGUGACCGACAACGGUCAGGUGUGGUCCUGGGGAGACGGGGACUACGGGAAGCUGGGCCGCGGGGGCAGCGACGGCUGCAAAACGCCCAAGCUGAUCGAGAAGCUGCAGGACCUGGACGUCGUCAAAGUUCGGUGCGGCAGCCAGUUCUCCGUGGCUCUGACGAAAGACGGCCAGGUGUACUCCUGGGGCAAAGGGGACAACCAGCGGCUCGGACACGGGACCGAGGAGCAUGUGCGCUACCCCAAGCUCCUGGAGGCCUUGCAAGGGAAGAAGGUGAUCGAUGUGGCCGCAGGCUCCACCCACUGCCUGGCUCUGACCGAGGACAGCGAGGUGCACAGCUGGGGGAACAACGACCAGUGUCAGCACUUCGACACCUUGCACCAGACGAAGCCGGAGCCCUCGCUGCUGCCCGGGCUGGACACCAAGCACAUCGUCGGCAUCGCCUGUGGGCCGGCCCAGAGUUUCGCUUGGUCCUCGUGCUCCGAGUGGUCCGUGGGCCUGCGCGUCCCUUUCGUGGUGGACGUCUGCUCAGGGACCUUUGAGCAGCUGGACCUGCUCCUGCGGCAAGUGAGCGAGGGCAUGGACGGCACCGCCGACUGGCCGCCGCCCCAGGAGAAGGAGUGCAUGGCCGUGGCCACGCUGAACCUGCUGCGGCUGCAGUUGCAUGCUGCCAUUAGUCACCAGGUUGACCCAGAGUUGCUUGGUUUAGGUCUGGGCAGCGUCCUCCUCAACAGCCUGAAGCAGACCGUGGUGGCCCUGGCCAGCAGUGCGGGCGUGCUGGGCACUGUGCAGGCGGCCGCCCAGGCCGUGCUGCAGAGCGGGUGGUCCGUGCUGCUGCCCACCGCCGAGGAGCGGGCCCGGGCGCUCUCGGCUCUCCUGCCCUGUGCAGUUUCCGGCAAUGAGGUCAAUGUCAGUCCAGGCCGCCGGUUCAUGAUCGAUCUGCUGGUGGGCAGCUUGAUGGCGGACGGAGGCUUGGAGUCGGCCUUGACUGCAGCCAUCACUGCAGAGAUCCAGGAUAUUGAAGCCAAAAAAGAAGCACAGAAGGAAAAAGAGAUCGAUGAGCAGGAAGCAAACGCCUCAGCAUCGCAUAGAAGCAGGACCCCGCUGGACAAGGACCUCAUCAACACGGGGAUCUACGAGGCCUCGGGCAAGCAGUGUCUGCCUCUGGUGCAGCUCGUGCAGCAGCUGCUUCGGAACAUUGCUGCCCAGACGGUAGCCAGACUGAAAGACGUGGCCCGUCGGAUCUCGUCCUGCCUGGACGUGGAGCAGCACAGUCGGGACCGAUCCGCCUCCUUGGAUUUGUUGCUGCGUUUUCAGCGCUUACUGAUCAGUAAACUGUAUCCAGGAGAAAGUGUUGGUCCGCCCGCCGACGCUCCCAGUCCUGAGCUGAUGGGCGUGGGCUCCCUGCUGAAGAAGUACACGGCCCUGCUGUGCACGCACAUCGGGGACAUCCUGCCCGUGGCCGCCAGUGUCGCCGCCACCAGCUGGCGGCACUUUGCCGAGGUGGCCUGCAUCGUGGAAGGCGACUUCACCGGCGUGCUCCUUCCAGAGCUGGUGGUCUCCAUCAUCCUCCUGCUCAGCAAGAACGCGGGGCUCAUGCAGGAGGCGGGCGCCGUGCCGCUGCUGGGUGGCCUGCUGGAGCACCUGGACCGCUUCAACCACCUGGCGCCCGGGAGGGAGCGGGACGACCAGGAGGAGCUGGCCUGGCCCGGCAUCAUGGGUCAGAACUGUAGAAACAACGAGGAGGUGACCCUGAUCCGCAAAGCGGACUUGGAGAACCACAACAAGGACGGGGGCUUCUGGACGGUGAUCGACGGGAGGGUGUACGACAUCAAGGACUUCCAGGCCCAGGCCCUGAGCGGGAGCAGCAUCCUCGCUCAGUUUGCCGGGGAGGACCCCGUGGUGGCGCUGGAGGCCGCACUGCAGUUUGAGGACACGCGGGAGUCGAUGCACGCCUUCUGCGUGGGCCAGUACCUGGAGCCCGACCAGGAAGUCGUCACCGUCCCGGACCUGGGAAGCCUGUCCUCCCCUCUGAUGGACACGGAGAGGAACCUGGGCCUGCUGCUCGGGCUGCACGCCUCCUACCUCGCCCUGAGCACACCGCUCUCGCCCGUGGAGGUCGAAUGCGCCAAGUGGCUGCAGUCGUCCAUCUUCUCGGGAGGCCUGCAGACCAGCCAGACCCACUACAGCUACAACGAGGAGAAGGACGAGGACCACUGCAGCUCCCCCGGGGGCACCCCUGCCAGCAAGUCCCGCCUCUGCGCCCACUCGCGCGUCCUGGGCGACCACUCCCAGGCGUUCCUGCAAGCCCUGGCGGACAACAGCAUCCAGGACCACAACGUGAAGGACUUCCUGUGCCAGGUGGAGAGGUGCUGCAGGCAGUGCCACCUGACCACCCCCAUCAGCUUUCCCCCCGAGCACCCCGUGGAGGAAGUGGGCCGCCUGCUGCUGUGCUGCCUCUUGAAGCACGAAGACUUAGGGCACGUGGCGCUGUCUCUGGUCCACGCCGGCGCGCUCGGGGUCGAGCAGGCGAAGCACAGAGCGCUGCCCAAGUCGGUGGUGGACGUCUGCCGGGUUGUCUACCAGGCCAAGUGCUCGCUCAUUAAGACGCACCAGGAGCAGGCCGCUCCUACAAGGAGGUCUGCGCGCCCGUCAUCGAGCGCCUGCGGUUCCUCUUCAACGAGCUGCGGCCGGACGUUUGCAACGACCUUUCCGUCCUGUCCAAGCUGACGCUGCUGAGCUCCCUUGUCCGCUGGCGGCGGGUCGCCCAGAA